CACACUGAAAUCGCUAAGACAGCAGCCGUAAAAAAAAAUAGGAAACAUUUAAGCUUUAAAUUCCUGUAUACCACUAUUCAAUUAACUUACGCAUUAAAAAAAUAUCAUAAUGAAUAUUAAAUUUGUUUGUAUUUUUUCAUACAUGUUUCUAUGUUUUUGUAAAGUAAAAUAUGAAGAAAUUACUGAUGAGAAAUUGGACGAAAUUUAUGAUGCGGUAUAUGAAGAUGUUGCUGAACAUUCAAUAAAGUGUUACUUAAUUGAGAAAAUCGUGGGAUUGAAGGAUGGACUACCUGAACAGGAAAUCAAGUUUAUAAUUGAAAAAUUGCAGUAUGUUCCUAUGACAAUACAGAACCUAAAAACAAUACAACUUACUGAUGCGCAUUUUACCCAAAUUUUUAAUUCGGUACAUGAAGACGAUGUGGCUCAGGAUCUAGUAAAAUUUUACUUAUUGGAGAAAACUAUGCGAUUGAAAGAUGAAUUACCUGAACAAGAAAUCGAGUUUAAUAUUGAAAAAUUGCCGAAUGUUCCUAUGUCAAAAAAGGACUUUAAAGAAUCACUAAAAAAAAUAAAACUUACUGAUACGCAACUUGUAAAACUUAAUGAUAAAUUACGAGACGAUGAGAAAGGAUAUGUUACCAGGCAUUCCGUAAAAAACUACUUAAGAAAGGAAACCACGAUACCGAAACAUAAUCUAUCUGCAGAGAAAAUCGAGUUUAUAAUUAACAAAUUGCAACCACGCCAAUAUGGACUAAAUGAAAAGGAAGUCGAAGAGAUAAAUAAACCCUUAAAGAAUAUUGCUUUAACAAAAGAGGAAUUUAAAGAAAUACUAAAAAAAAUAAAACUUACUGAAGCGCAAUUAGACGACAUUUAUGCUGGUGCCAAAAGUUCUAACGCCAAUUGGUUUAGAAGUGGAAAAGUUGACAAGAAAUUUACAAGACUCUACUUGUCAGACAACUUAUUAGAAUACGGAAUAACAACUUAUGAAAUAAUGCUAAAAAUAACAGAACACUUCCCGACGGAUAAAGAUAAUAUUCCAAUAGAAGAAUUUAGAGAAUUAAUAAAAGGUGUUAUGUAAUGUGGACGCUACAACACUACCUGGUGGCGGAUUUGCCGCUUUUAAGCAAGGCUACAAGAUUACACCAAAAUCCUAUCCUCAUUCACUAUAAUUAAAAAUUCAAACUAUUUAAAGUAUUUAAUUUAAGUUUAUAUAAAAAAAAAAAUCAAGGUACUAUGCUGUUAGCAUGGAUUUUUUGUGUUUAUUCUUUAAAUUCUAAUGGGUGUGAGGGUUAUUUUUGUUUUAACGGAUUACUGUAUUAUUUGUUUAA